AUGGCAGAUAGAAAUACCACUAGAGUGACAGAGUUUAUUCUCCAAGGAUUUACAGAGAACGCAGAGGUGCAGAUUAGCCUCUUUGUAAUAUUUCUCAUAUUCUAUCUUUUUACCUUGGUAGGGAAUCUAGGAAUCGUUGUUUUGAUCAGGAGCAGUCCUCAGCUUCAUACUCCCAUGUACUUUUUCUUGAGACACUUUUCAUUUAUGGAUGCCUGCAUAACUUCAACCAUUGCCCCCAAGAUGUUGCUAAACUUCGUGAUGAAGAGCAAAGUCAUCUCUUAUAGUGGGUGCAUUGUCCAGUUUUUCAUGUUUUGUACUUUUACUGAUGUAGAGGCCUUCAUCCUGGUGGUCAUGGCAUAUGAUCGCUAUGUGGCCAUUUGCAAACCAUUGUCCUAUUCAGUCAUUAUGUCAAAGCCAUUAUGUAUUUUGUUGCUCAGUGGAGCAUACGUUGGGGGUAUUGUGAGCUCUCUCAUUCAUACUUGUGCAUCUUUGAGGUUAUCAUAUUGUGGGAAGAAUUAUGUCAACCAUUUCUUCUGUGACCUGGCUGCACUGAUAGCAUUAGCCUGCUCAGACACAUCCCUCAAUGAGGUGCUGCUCUUCACCUUUGGCACCUUGGUUGAAGGAUUCAACAUUUUGACCAUCUUCACCUCUUAUGCAUUCAUAAUAAUGACUAUUGUCAGGAUGCACUCCACGGAAGGCAGGCUUAAAGCCUUCUCUACCUGUGCUUCUCACUUGACAACUUUUGCCUUAUUUCAUGGCACUAUCCUCUUCAUGUACUUCCGGCCCUCUUCCAAGUUCUCAAUGGACACAGAUAAAAGGGUCUCAGUGUUUUACACUCUUAUUAUACCCAUGUUGAAUCCUUUGAUCUACAGCCUAAGGAACAAAGAAGUAAAGGAUGCCUUAAGGAAGAUAAUGCAGUUAAUUUCCUGUGAUUAG